AUGAAUUUUACUCCGUUAUUGAACAAGUUGCCUUUGGGGAUUGGUGGGUUGACGAGUCUACAAACAUUAUCCAAGGUUAUCAUCGAAGAAGGUAAUGGUUUUAAAAUAUCUGAGCUUAAGGGACUCUCAGAUCUCCAAGGCGGGCUUUCCAUCCAGUGCUUGGAGAAAGUGAUACAACCAACAGAAGCAAACGAUGCAAAGUUACAACAAAAAACAGGUCUUUAUGAACUGAAUAUGAGAUGGAGUGAUGUUUUCGAUGGUUUUCGGGAUCCAGCUAUUGAAUAUGAGGUACUUGAAAGGCUAAGGGCUCCCUCGAAGCUGAAAAUACUGAGCAUUUCAUUCUACGGUGGUAUGAAAUUUCCUGGUUGGGUUGGGAAUCCCACAUCAUCAUUUGAUCAUUUAACAGAGCUUACGUUAACUGGCUGUGAAAACUGCACAGAAUUACCAACGCUUGGGCAUCUAAGUUCACUUCGGAAUUUGUAUUUGAGCAACAUGAAAGCGGUGCAGACUGUGGGUAUUGAGUUACUAGCACAUACUAAACCUUUUCAUGGCGAUGCAUUUCCUUCACUUGAAUCCUUGGAAGUUGAGGAUAUGCAAUGUCUGGAGAAAUGGUCGACCAGUGGUGGUGACGGUGUCGAGACUCCUCGAUCAUUUCUUAGACUUCGUGAAAUUUCAAUUAAAAGGUGUCCGAAACUUGAUAAGGUAUCAUUUGGAUUGGUACCAUCACUUGAGAAAUUAACUGUAGAAGGAUGUCCUGAAGUAGUGUUGAGAGACUUGGUUGGUGGGUCUUCAUCAAUCCGUACAUUGAAGUUGGAUGCAAUUAAAGGGCUGACUCAACUGGACAGAGAAAUCUUAAAACAUUUUGGGGCAGUAGAAGAUCUCACCAUCUGGAAUUGUGAUGAAUUGAGAUACUUGUGGGAAUCGGAAUCGGAAGAUUGCAGGUAUCUUGGGAGUUUACAAAAGUUGUAUGUAUAUCACUGUCCAAAGUUGGAAUCAAUUAAUAAGGGAGAGAAAGAGGUGGUUCAUGUGGGGAGUAGCAUCAUUACGGGAUCAAUUAAUUGUGAUGCACUGGAGAUUUACUGUUGUCCAAAUAGUGUUGAGAGUUUGCAGAUACAACGUUGUGAUUCAAUAACAUCAUUAAGUUUCUCUAAUUUCCAAUCAUCCUCAUCCUCUAAUUUGAAGUUUCUUACGAUUGGAAAUUGCAAGAAUAUAAAGUCAAUUUCUCAGGAGCAAAGUCUCACAUCUUUGGAAGAGAUGGUGAUAUAUAAAUGUCCAAACAUGGAUGAUUCAUUUCCAUCAUGUGGCUUGUUAUGGCCUCCUAAUCUGAAGCGUCUAAGAAUAGGGGAAUUAAAGAAGCCACUGUCAGAGUGGGGGCUUCAAAAUUACCCUUCCUCACUUGUUGAAUUAGCCUUACAUGGCAUAGAUUCAGGAGUGGUUUCAUUUGGAAUAAUAAUGGAAGAAAAACAAGAUCAUAAUAAUAGGACCAGUUCAGCAUGUUUUCUUCUUCCACCAUCUCUAACUUCUCUAAAAAUCUAUAAUUUUGAGGAAGUGGAAUCAGUUUCAGAGGUCUCACAACACCUCCCUCACCUUCAACAUCUUUGGAUUUGGGGCUGCCCGAAGCUUAGAGAUGUGCCACAGACAACUUCAUCUUUGAAAGUAGCGUGCUUGGAUACAAAGGGGCUUCCUGGAAGAAUUGAUCAUUGUAGUCCCUUGCUUUUUGAAGGUUUCAUGGGCGUCGUCGCUCUCAAUGCUGCUACUUUAAGUGGGUUAAACAAGAAUCUAACAUUUCAAGAUCACAAGACUACAAAAUCUUUGAUCAUGGCAGCAGACUCCGUGUUCAUGUCAUUUUGUCGGGUCAGGGUACUGGCUUGUUGUUUGCAUUCCCAUCUUGCACCUUGUAAGAUUGGAUGGAUGGAUGUUCUCAUGUCUCCCUAUAAAUUAGCUGUUACAGUAUUACUGAAUGUCUUGGUUUAA